AUGGAAAGCACAUCAAACUGUAAUAUGAUCACAGUAGCUAAUAUUCGUGAUAUUUGUGGAAAAUUUGAACUAUUACUAGAAAAACAACUUGAACAAAAUAUCAUUGAGAUCUGCAACAAAUACAACAUAGUUGUUGCUAAUCGACGAUCUGAAGUGGAUGAUAUUGUACGAUCUAUGUUCAAGAUCAAUUCAUUUUGGGAUCCAUUGAUCGAUUCAUUAUCAUCAGCAAAUAAUUACAAGUAUCAAAUUCGUGAUUUCUUAACUCAACAAGUUGCUCAAUGGCUUUUAAAUACGAAAGACCUCAGUAUAUCAACGGAAAAAUUUUUAGAUAAUCUUAUCUGUUAUUUCCGAACUUAUUAUCCUGCAGACAAAAAAGAUGAGAAGUUCUUCAAUAAAAUGAUCAACAAAAUAGAUUUUAUUGCUGAAUUGUCUAGAUAUGAUUCUCGAAGAGAACUUGCUGAAAUCCAAAAGGGUAUAGUCGCCGAUAUUGUCAAACAAGUUUCAUUAUCAAAAAUUGAACUACAAUUAAAUCUGCAACGAGUUGAUUAUACUGCAAUUUUUGAUAACAAUCGUCACCUUCAACGAGUUACGGCCACCUGCACUUCCCUUUUGAAGUUCAACGCAAGUGAUCUUCAUACAAUGUUUGGAACAGCAUCGCUUGAGAAACCAAUACGAGAGAAGUAUCUUGCAUCAGUUAACGUAGAAGCAUGUGUCAGUGUCAACACUAAACAAAACGAGCUGAUUAUUUUUAAACGACAUCAUAUUGAUAAUGGAAAAGUGCAGAUGAACCGAUUUCGUCACACUGUUCUUCUUCACUCUAAUGGGCAUUUGAAAAAGCUCGUUGAAUAUGCGAUCAAUAAUAUGUGUUAUCUUUAUUCAUCUCUGACACAACUUUCAUUCAUUAUUGAUUGUGAUAAAUGGGAAAUGUGUCGAUGUUCUUACGAUGAUUUCGGAAAAUGGAAAAGCGAUAUCGUAUUACCAGAAUUUCGAGGUGAUGCAAAACCCCAAGGUGUCCUUUCAGCAGCACUCACAGUAUCGAAUGAACAAAUCAUUCUGCUCGAUGAAUACAGUCGUGUAUUUUCCAUCAAAUUACCGCAGGGUACUGACGAAACAGCUAUUAUCUGUUCAGUAUGUCUAACUGAUGAGACAGGGAACCAAACAAAGCUCCCUAAGUUCAUGUCUGUCCAAACGAUCGGUGACCCAAGCAUAUUCUUUUUUCAAUCUCAAGAAACAAUUGAUAUAUUUGACCAAAAUUAUUGUCGUCUUCUUUGUCUAGACUUAAAUCAAUCUUCAUCAUCGAUUGAUUAUCGCUUGCAUGUCUUUACAGAUUUCGUCGAUACUUAUUGUUUGGUAAUUCAUCUUAGCUCCACACCUAACAUUGUCUAUCAUCUACAGAAUCUCGUAGCUAGUAGUUGUAUUCAUCGACAAGAAAGUGACAAAGAUCUGAACAAAGCAUCGAAACCUAUUGGAAAUUGGCUACUAGACACAAUUAAAUGGGGCGAGCUCAAGUUUGGCUUCAAUGCAUCUCGCAAGAAGACACAGUAUCAUAUGAUAGUGCCCAAUACAGAUUAUAAUAAAAUUAUCACUCAAUAUUUUAGUGAUUUGCAACUUUCAGCUGAACUACAUUUUCAUCAAAUGAGUCUCGAUUUGUUGAUGACAAUAUGCGAUGAUCCACAUGAAAUCUCACGUAUUUUGCUAAGUAGAGUUCCGAUACAAAUAUGCACAAUUGAAGGUGGUAAUCUCAUUCCAUUGUGUAAUGGAAAACGGCGAACGCUGGAUACAAUUGUCGAGAAACAAACAUUUGAUAUUGAAACAAAAACAAAAGAUAUCCUAUUUUCAUAUUUGGAUUCGAUUCUAAACGAUAUUAACAGUGAUAUUCGACUGAUUGGUAUUAUUGGACGGCAAUCGACUGGAAAGAGUUAUAUGAUGAAUCGUAUUUUUGGUACACGUUUUUCAGUAGCCGCUGGUCGUUGCACAGAUGGUAUUUGGAUGAAUUAUGCGUUUGUCAACAAUGUUCAUUUUCUUGUCUUCGAUUGUGAAGGAUUAUUUAGCAAUGAAAGAACCGAAGAUGAAGAAAUCAAACUGAUUGGAUUUCUGGCAGCCAUGUGUGAUGUCACCAUUUUGAAUCAAGACUUGAGUUUCGAUCGUUAUCAAGAUCGGCUGUUCGUUCUUCUCUCUGAAACAAUCAGCAAAGUUGUAAAAAGCACAGAUUUUUUCAAAGGCAACCUAUUAGUCACUAUUCGUGAUAUUGCCGAUAAUGAAGCAUCUGACGCACACGCUGCUGCAUACAAAAAGUUUGUCGAUAUUAAAAAUAAAGGUCAAGACCAAUUCCUUGCUCAACUUUAUUCAAGUGAAUUCUCUGUUCAUCUUCUUCAUCAUUUCGAAAAUAUCAAUUUCGAUCAAGAAAUUCAAGCAUUACGUGAUGUGCUCAUAAAUAAUACAUGUCGAGCAACAAAUCGCUGGCCGAAUGGUGCAACCUUGGCACUUCUGAUGAAAAUACUUCUUAUUCAAUUAUAUACAAACGAUUUUUGUGAUUCACGUCGUAUUCAUCUGAAUAUUUUACUUGCAGAGCUCGAAGGAGAAGCUCGUACUCUCUGGUGUUCAUUCCAAUUGCCUGAUUCUCCAUCUAUUCCAACUAACCAUGAUAUUACAGUUCAGCUUGACAAUCAGUCGUAUUCUUUUGAUAUGGAUCAACACAAGUUACUAUUAGAUCAUGAAGAUCGCCUCGGAAACUAUGAAAGACUGUGCCAACUGUUAUCAAUGUGUUUGAAUAUCCAUACGAAUAAGAAUGACAUUAACUACAAAGAUGUAGCUAAUCGAAAAUGGUCAGUCGCUAACGAAACGAUUCCUUUAAUUUUCGACUACCGAUUAGCACAAGUGAAAGAAAUUAUGAUCGACCGAUUUCGAACCAAAGUCUUUGUCGAAGAUGCCGAUUAUCGUGAAACACAAUGUGCUAAUUUUGAAAAAUUCAUUAAUGAUUAUGCUGCAAAAUUUUCUGUCCGCACCUGUCUACAAAAGUGUUCGUUGUGCGAUUUGUUAUGUACGAAGAUACAGAAACAUACAGAUGAAUUGAAAUACGUACUCGGACAGAAAAAAGACGAAUUGAAUUCAAUCGAGAAGACUUUCGGUACUGGAAAUUCUUCAAAGACAGAUGAUAUUAUUUCCAUGGAGAAGAAACUUAGUGAUAAAUCAGAACAACGUCAGAAAAUCAGAGAAAAAUUGGUCGAAGUCGAAACGAUGAAAAGAUAUAUAGAAAAGAGAACUGGACUUGAGACAAAGUUGACAUUGAAAAAAGCAGACUUGAAGGAGAUACAGGAAGAUAUGAAACGAGAUGAACAAGCGUUAGUCGAAAUUAAACAACAAUGCCAUACUCAGGUCAUAUUCGAAAACGAUAUUUUGAAUUCAUCCAACUAUACGACUUAUUUAUUUGAUCAAAUCAAAGACCUUGUUUCUCCAGCCUUCUACAAUUCGGAUGAACUGAAGGCUGCACUACGUAUGUUUAUCACAGAUGCUAAGCGACUAGAAUGUUGGCCGAAUGAUGCGGAGAAUAAAGAAGAAAUAUUAGUAUUUCCCAUACUGUCCGAUGUCAAGGAUAAUCGUGUCCCUAUCGAAUAUAUCAUGAAAGAGAAUUUGGGAAAUAUUGAAAGAUGCAUUCAAGUUGUCACCCAAGUGCAGACGAUCUUAAAUGGACAAUUAGCUUCAAGGUCAAUACAACGUGAUGAUAUGUGUAAUCGUUUAAAACAUCUAAGCAACCACUUGGCUGAACUUCAAAAUAGUUCGAAUCAUCAUGCAAUGAACAAAGAAACCUUGGAUCAAACUAAGACUAUUCAGCAAACACAGCUUGAAGGAUUGGAAUCUGAACAACAAAAAUUGAACUUAGAAAGAGUUAAAGUUGAAAGUAGUACAACAGCAAGUUUGGCGAACCUUUUACUGAUUUACAUUAACAUUCUACAAGAGGAGAAAGAAAACAAUGCUUCGGUGGAUAAUACCAAACAACAAACAGAUCAUUCAUCAGAUUCCGAUAUCAUCGUUCUCCAGUCAAACACUGAGACAAGAGACGGACAGUGUUUAGAUAGAUUACAAAAUAAUAAAACUAGUUUGAGUGGCAGCUUUGUUGAAAUAGAUCCACUUGAGAGUCUUAUGAGCUGGCAUACGACAUUAAAGAAAUUUGAAGAAACUAGUGCAACCACUCAACAAUAUUUGGCUGCUUAUCAGCAAAGGUAUGAGAAGAUCAAUGGUGACAUUACACAAUUGGAAUCUCGAAUUAGUAGUGAACAAGAUCUAGUACUGAAAGAUAUUUUGCAUGAAGAUUUACAGAUUAAACAAACUGAGAAAAAUACUUGCACAGAAAAAAUUGAAAAAUUUCAAGAACAAAAAAGCCAAGCGGAAGAAAAAACUCAAGUAUUUUGCGAUCAGCAUCCACCACUGAAUGACAUUAUCAGUCGGCAAAUUCCUGAACUUUGUCACAAUCGGCUUGAACGUAUUGAAAACCGGCAAAAUGAAGUCCAGCAAAAUGUUGAAAAAUUCGCUAGCAUAAUUAACCAACUUUCGCAACAGCUGAGCGAUGAAGAAGCUUGUAUAAGUCACCUAAAAACUGAAAUUGAAAAUAAGGAAACGGAGAUCGAUAUGUUAACGACGAAACAGCAUGAAGUUGCACAUUUUCUUGAUCAAUACAAACAAUUCUUGAACAGAUCCAUAGACUUAAAACGUACUCUGACGUACACAAAAGACAAGCUCAUGGCUAAUAAAACUCGUAUUAUCAAACUUUAUUUCGACGACGACCAACAACAGUUACUAUUUACCAAGGCAAAUACAAUUUUACACAAUCUUCGAGAGUUGAUCAAACGCAAACGCCACGCCAUAACCGACCUAAAAAUACUCGAAGAACAAACAGCUACUUUACAGCAACCUUUCAGUAAAAGAUUAAUUAAUAGUGCAGAACAUUAUUACCAACAAUAUUCAAACAUGAAUGAAGAACUUAUUCAAAUCGAACAAGACAUUUCUAGUAUUAAAUUUCAUCUGGAAACUAUUGACAAGCGAAGUCGUAUUGUUAAAGAAAUCUUAACACUCGAGCAACAAGUUCGAUCGGAUUGUGACUGUGGUACUGAUCAUUGUUGUAAGCAUACAUGUGAUAACUGUGAGGAACCAUUUCCUUGCAUGUAUCGUGCGGGUCAUGGAGGUAAACAUAAGUGCAGCAAUGGGCAUGCAUGCGAAGCAACCUGUCAAAUUUACAAUUGUACCAAUCAGUGUCAUCUUAGUUAUGAACAUGAAGGUACACAUCAAUGUGAACGAGUUCAUCAAUGUACGACUAUGUGCAUAUGCUUUAAGUUGUGUACUAUUCCAUUGGAAGUAAAUAAUUCUCAUGAUGAACAUCGAUGUGAUUCGACACAAUGCUGGAAAAGUUGUGUUUUAUGCGAACGAUCAUGUUGCACGCCUGAUCACAAUCAUGAUGCAACUGUUAGCAAAGUGACUAUUAUGCGUAAUGGCACUCAAUCGACAGUCAAUGCUCAUAUAUGUGAUCAACCACACACAUGCCAGGCGAUGUGUGAAGUCCCUGGCAUAUGUGGCUUUGAGUAUAAAACAAGUCGUGCUGAAUGGAAAACAUCUAUGGGCUGCGUAUUCGAUUAUGAAAAGAUUGAUGUCACAGAAAUUCGACGUCCAUGUGCUGUACAAAUCAGACCUGGUUUCUUUCAACACUCACAUCACGUAAGGAAACACCAAUGUGAAGUUAGUACACAUACGUGUACUCAACGUUGUCCGGAUUGUGAGGUAAGAGAGAUUCGUUUUUUUUCAAUACUUCAUUGCGAAAAUCGUGAAAAUGAAACUGAUAUUGAAUCUUUGUGUAAAGCAUGA